AUGGUGGACAACUGUGGCCAGAACUUCUCCAUCGCGCUGAAGAUCGUGGCGCUCUCGCAGGGCCCCGUGCUCUUCCACUGCACUCUCGGGAAAGACCGCACCGGCGUGCUCGGCAUGCUGCUGCUCCACAUCCUCGGCGCCAGCGAACAGGCAAUCAUCUUUGACUACUCACUCACGGAAUGCGCCAGCGAAAUGUACCACAACUACGCUAAAAAGUUCAUUGUGGACAUGAGCGGACUACCUGAGAGCUUCUGCCGCGCAACGGCCGACGUAAUGAGACUGACUAUCGACUAUGUGAAGAGAACGUACGGCUCCAUUGACCUGUAUUUGGAUAGGUUUUCAUUCGGCCCUGAGUGGCGAAGCUAUCUGAGGAGAAAAUAUCUAACUAGCUAA